AUGGCUGACAACAACUCCCCAUACGACCCUGACCCGCGACAGGGACGCGGCCAGGACAGGAGGACACAGGCCCUGCAACAGACCUGUCGCCGUGUUGCCGCUGCGGCCGGAUUGGAGCGACGUCAGCGCUCUGCAUCGUCGUCAUCACACUGUCGGCAACACGAGCGAGAAAUCGUGGCUUCGAAUCGCCACACACGAAUGACAGCUGCAAACUUCGAUGACAUCCUGCUGGACACGCACGGCAACUGCUCAAGCGGCGGUCAGAGACAGUCGAAGCGACGAGAGCACUGCUUUGUGACCGCCCAGAAUAUGCCAAGAAAGGAGCUACCGCUCGAACAACAACCUGCGCAGAUCCCAUGCCAAAACGGACCCUCGCCCUACGACGGCAUCAAAAAUUGGCCUUGGGUGUCAACCAUUCGCAAUCUGGGCUGCUCAGAAAUUGACGACACCGUCAAUGUCAUGCACGAUAACAUCCAGAAGGUCAGGGAACGCGGUGAGAACUUGGAUCACCUGCAGACCAAGACCGACAACUUGGCCAACCAGGCCCAUGGCUUCCGCCGUGGUGCCAACAGAGUGCGGAAGCAGAUGUGGUGGAAGGACAUGAAGAUGCGCAUGUGCUUGAUUGCGGGUGUUAUCAUCCUGCUCCUGAUCAUCAUCAUACCGAUUGUGGUCACCAAAACCUAA